UUGGUCUUCCACUAGAUCUUUGCGAUUUGGUUCGUAGAGAGGAAAUGGAGAGGGAGGCGAGAACAACGACACCAUCUUUGAGAGAAGACGAGAGUCCUCUUAGAAGCGUUUUAUGUGUGAAAAAAAGACAAGACAUGAAGAGGUUCGAGAAGACAGAGGAUUGCUUCAUCCUCGAUUUCAAUCCUUUUGAUUCGUUAGACGUUAAGAGGCUCACCUUUUCCGGUGAUAAAGAUCUUGCCAUCAUCCAUGAGACAGGACAGGUUGCUUGUAGAGAUUACCCACAUCCAAGACAUCUAUGUUUGAAAUUUCCCUUUGGAUCAACUUCUAAUGCAACUCACUGUGAUAUGUGUUACUGUUACGUGUGCGAUAAGCCUGCUCCUUGUGCACUGUGGAUAUCUUCGCAUUGCAAUGCUUCAACGGACUCUGUGGAGCGGAAGAUGAAGCUACUGACCAUUGACUCCGAUUAUCAUGACUUGCAUUAGUAAUGAAUUAUUUUAUAACGAGUUGUUGAGAUUGGUAAUGUAAUUCGAAAUGCAUUGUUAAUGUUUGAAAUGACUA